CGCGUCCUCCGCACUUCUCAAGUGUGACGCUACGCUCGUGAUGGAUAAUGUUUUUUCGAGCCUAUUGCCCAAGAAACAAAUUAACUCUGAUAUUUUUCUGAAUGAAAACGCUGGAUGUGAUGGCCGCGCCACUAGGAUUGCGAUUUGGGACACGGGUAUCGAUCCGACUGCUGCGGGUCUUCAAAUUACACCUGAUGGAAAACCAAAAAUUGUGGAUAUGAUUGAUGCUUCAGGUUCUGGAGAUGUAAAAAUGAAAUGUAAACGAUAUAUUAAUCAGAAAAAUCGUAUUAUUGAAACACUGACUGGUCGUAAAGUGAAGAUACCGAGUCAUUGGAAUCCAUCAGAUGGUAUAAUACGAAUUGGAGUGAAGCCCGCUUCGGAACUAUUCCCAAAACUUUUGCUACAACGAUUGCGUAAUGAAAAUCGUGAUAAUUUUUGGCGACCAUAUAUUAAACGUUUAGCUGCAAAUUUAGCUUGUGAUUUCAAUGAAGCUGAAGAAUAUUUAAACCAAAUAACACAACAUUAUAAAUGUAUAUCUAAUUGUGAUGAGAAUAAAAGUAAUCCUACAAAAUCAAUUAGAUCGGAUCCAAUUAAUUCGCCUGAUAAAUUGAAAUUAAUCAAUCAAAAUCUAAAUACUGUAUCACUUCAAACAAAUCCUAACUUGAAUCCACAUUCCCAACAGAAAAAUGGAUUAGAAUGCAAGCAAGACAAGUUUGAUUUAUCUGUAUCCAAUGCAAAAGUUCAAUUGAAAAAUGCUGCUCGUCACUUAGAAGAAAGUUUAAUUCUAUUCGAUCAGUAUUAUUCACCUAUGGAAAUUGUCUAUGAUUGUUUUGUUUUUCAUAAUGGCAAUGAUUGGGUUGCUUGUAUAGAUACAAGUCCGUACAAUUCAAAUACAACAUUAUCUGACUUACCAUUAUUACGUGAUUUUACAAUUAAUCAUGAGUAUGCAUCAUUCGGUGAACAAACGCAACUAUAUUAUACAGUGAAAAUUUUCAAUAAUGGCAACUUACUACAAAUUGUCACAAAUAACAGUAGUCAUGGUACACAUGUUGCAUCGAUUGCUUCAGCUUAUUUCCCUAAUGAUGAUCAUCAGUUGAAAAAUUCUCCGACUGGUAUGUUCUGUUUCGAUCGUAAUGGUGUUGCACCGGGUGCAGAAAUUGUAAGCAUCAAAAUUUCUGACAGUCGUUUAGGUCCAAUGGAAACAGGAAUUAGUUUAUUACGUGCUAUUCGAUGGACAAUUGAACUAAAAUGUGACAUUGUGAAUUAUAGUUUUGGUGAACAAGUGAUUUGGCCAAAUAUUGGACGUAUCUCAAAGUAUUUGAAUCGAAUGAUUCAUAAAUAUGGUAUUAUUAUGGUUGCAAGCGGUGGCAAUAACGGACCUAGUUUAGGCUCUUUAAGUUGUCCAGGUGGUACAGUUCAAGGUGUAAUUGGUGUUGCACCUCUAGUAUUCCCUGAUAUGAUGCACUAUCUAUAUUGUCAACCAUGUGAUGUCAACUGUUCAUAUGAUAAUCAGUCUUCUGUUGUGGAAAAUACUAAACCAACAGCUUACAAUUGGGGUAGUCGUGGUCCAGCAUUGGACGGUGCUUUAGGCUUAUGUGUUGCUGCUCCCGGUGGUGCUAAUACGUCGGUAGCUAGUUGGCAAUUGAAACCGGCUAGUGUUCUAAGUGGUAGUUCAAUGAGUGCACCGAUGGUCAGUGGUGGAAUUAGUCUACUCCUCUCUGGUAUACGUCAUCGUUAUAAGUGUACUGCUGAUAAGGAACCAUUGAAGAUUCCGCCAUCACUUAUUUAUCAUUGUUUAAUGAAUACUUCGAAAUCAUGCGAACAUUUGUCCUAUUUAGAUCAAGGUUAUGGUUUAAUGCAAAUUGAUGCAGCAUUCAACUAUUUAAAUACUGUAUUACAUAAAUUAUAUCAACAAAAUCAAUCAAUAACCACCAGUCUAUGUACAAAUGUCAAGAAUAUAAAUGGUGUAGAUCAUGUUGAUGAUAAUGAGGAUGAUGAAACAUUGUCAAUGUCAUUGAAUGUGAAAAACUCCUCAAGAAAAUUAUUACCGAUACCUGAUCCAUGUAUAAUGUAUGGUUGGCAUAUUCGAUUAACUGUUUCUGGACCUGGUUGUACGUUACAAAAUCGUGGAAUUUGGUUAAGACGUGGUUGGUUAUUGAGUCCACGAGCUGUGGUUGGUGAAGCGCCUUUACCGUUGCUACGUUACACCAUAAAUAUGAAUAUUGAGUUUGACGAGUAUGUACCGAUUAAUAUUCGACAAAAUAUAGAAUUACAUUUAAGUACGGAAAUAAUUUCAGAUUUCAAUAAAUUCGCCAAUUCUAAUGGUUGGUUACAAAUUGCCCCACUCAUAACUAUUACCAAUACAUCAAGACUGAUUCAGUUUGUGAUCGAUCCGAAUAGAUUUAAUCAAUUAUUGUAUGAAAAAGUGAAAGAAGACCUUUCUGAUCAUCUAGUCAAUGAUCAUCAUCAUCAUCAGCAUCAUCAUAACACACAACACCCUAUCGAAGAACACCAUGAUAUAUCUUCAUUAUCAGAGGAUCAACUACAAUCAGACGUAUGUACAGACCACCGCCGCCAACAACCACAACAACAGUCACAAAGUCAAUAUCAUUUGCAACAAAAUGAAUUAACCAAUUUCUGUUGGCCAUCAUCAAAGAUCAAUGCUUCCAUGAAACAUCAGUUUAAUGCAAUGCCAAUUCAUAAAUCUCAAGAACCAUAUGUGAGUAUAAUUCAAUUCAAUGCUAUAAAUUAUCCAGAAUUACACUGUUUGGCAAAUUUACCUAUCAUUAUACAAAUUCCAUAUAAAUUGGAUAGAAAUUGUUGUUUAGAACAACCACGUUUCUUGUUCUCCGAUCGAUUUGAUGUUGACAAUAAAGUAAGAAGAUGGUUUAUUGAAGUACCGCAUGGAGCUACUGCUGGUGUUUUACGUUUAGCUCGGUUAGAUGAUGAAGGUGAUAAGUCGUGUGAAUUCACUAUUACGAUCAAUUCGCCAUGUAUUGGUAUGGAGUUAGAUAGUCAAGAAAUUCGAUGGACAUCUAUUGAAUUGAAUAAAUGCGGUCAAACAAAAUCAACUAUAAAACGCAGUAAUAAAUGCGGAUCCACAUUAUUAAGUUCAGAUGAUUUCGAUUGUGCAUCACAAUUUGGAUUUCCUAUUAAAUGGGAAACAGAUUGUAUAGAAUUAACUAUCGCACAAAGCUGGGGCUUAGAAAUGCCAGCUAUUGUAAUUGGUGAAUUGUAUUUCCGUGGUCUGGAACCAAGCUCCAAAAAUAUUGUAUUGAAUACAAGUGAUCGUUACUGUCGUAUUGGUUUACGUUCUAAUUUUAUGAAUGAAUCUAUACAACCUGAUAUAUGGUUAACUCAUUGGUGUUUACCAGUCAAGCCGUAUGAUUCGAAGAUUUUUUAUUUAGGUCAUGGAAAGAAUGAAUUACUUCUUAAUGAUUGUGGUUCCUAUGCACUACGUUUAAUGUAUCGGUUUAGUUGUCCAUUCAAAACAGCGACAACAAUUAUCUCGUUGCCUUGGUUACAAGAUAUGCUUUAUACUAGUGAUUAUUUAAUUCAUAUAUUUCAUAUUUAUGAUCAUUGUGGACGAUUUAUUGGUGCUGGUGAAUAUGAUGGACAUCGUGCACAACGUCCAAAGUUUACUUUUAAUUUACAAAAAGGUGAUUAUAAAGUUAUUGCACAAAUUUGUCAUGAAAGUGGUCCAUCUUUAAAACGUGGACCGCUGAAAUCAUUCACUGCUCCUUCAUCUCCAUCAGGAAAUGAAUUAUCAUUUAUGGCAGAUGAAUAUAAAAAUGUAAAUUCUUUCACAAUCAAUUCCAAUUGGUCACCAUUACAGUCGUUACAAAAUAUUCCAAUCAUAGUAAAUUUUCGUUUAACUGGUAGUAUGGAAUUAGCCAAUGGUAAACUAGGCGGUUCUUGUUUAACUGGACAAAGUAUUGUACAAUUUGAAUUCAGUGCAUUUCCUUCAUCGCUUAAUUUAAAUGGUACUAAAUUUUGUUCAGCUAUGGAUCAUUUAAUAUGUAAUACAAAACAACAUUCAAUGUUCAAUACAUCAAAUUCAAUGACCAAUGAUCAACAUAUUGAUACUAUUGAAUCAAAUCGAUUUGAAAUGAUCAAACGUUUACCAUGUCUUCCUAGUCAUAUUGAUGCCUAUGAAACAGUUAGUAUUUUUUUAGGUCUUAUAGAUGAACGUUUUCCAGCUUAUGCAGUACCAGGUUCGUAUUUUUGUGGUGCAAUUGGAUUUUAUCAUUCGAAAUUAUUACACAAUCUAGUAACUUAUCCAUUUCGUUUAAUUUUGGAUAAUUCAAAUAUUUUCUCUUCAAAACCGAAUUUAAUUCCUACUUCAACGGCUACCAGUAUUACUACUACUGCCACUACUACAACCACCACGACUGCUGCUGCUGCUACUGUUACGUCUACUACUACUUUUUCAUUGAAAAAAUUAUUCAUUAGUUAUAUCGGUUUAAGUAUGGAAGAUUUACAAUGGAUACAAUGUUUAGGUGAAUUAUUCUUGUUCAAUUCCAAUUCAAUGAAAUCUCAAUCUAACAAGAAUGUAAAUUCAUUUAAUAAUAAUAGUCAUCAGAAUAAUAACAGUGAUUAUGCCAGUGAACCCACUGUACAUACAUCAAUUCAAUUAAAUCACCAAUUAGAAGAAUCUCAUGCAAUCAAUCAUCAUUCCUCAUUGGAUUUAUGUAAAAACUUGGUAAAUGAAGUGAAAACAUUGUCAAAUAAUCAUGAGAUAAUUACGAGUGUUGCAGAAGAUUUAACUGAUGAAUGUAAAGAUUGGAACUCUGUGACGUAUUCAAAUCAUGAUGUAACUAUUGAACAAAAGACAGAACUUAAUACUCUGACACAAUCAUCAGUCAAUGAAACAUAUUCACAAUUGAAUGAACAUAACACCUCAGAUUCAAUGAACAAUAUUAUUGUUGAAAAACAAAUUGACACCGUGAAAAUAUCCAACACUAUCGAGUGUAAUGAUAACACAUCCAUGAAACAAACCAAUACAUCAACAUGUUCACAAUCAUUGUCUGAAACAACAACACCAUCAUUGAAAUCAACAAUAGAAUAUGGAAAAAAUCCAACAUCAUGCAAAGUGAACAACAAUAGUUACACUUCGGAUGAAUUCAGUGUGAUUCUGUAUAAACUUCAUUUAGAUUUAUGCAAGCUGGAUAAACCGUUCACAGCUACCAUGAAUAAUGACGAUAACCAUGAUAAUACCAUUGAUAGAAAUAAUAAUAAUAAUCUAUGCACAUUGUUAAGAGAACGUUUUAAAUUAUGGUAUGAUGUAGAUUGUUUAAUCAAUAAUGGUCAAUUGAUCAAUUCCAAUGAAACAUUGAACCUAUUGAAUGGCUUUUUUGACAAAUUCUCUUCUGAAUCUUCUAUACAAAAAAAGACAACCACACCAUGGCGUCAUUUCGAUAUUCCGAUCACGGAUUCAUCGACUUGUGUACAAGAGAAUAAUUUACUUUAUCAUUUAUUGAAUAUUUCAUUACCGGCUAGUAAUAAUAAUUCUGUGACACCACCAACAAAGAAAACUCUUAAAAACACUAAUUCAGCCACUAUCAUGAUUGAUGCUUCUAAUCAAUCUGCAAGUUCUUGUAGUGUUAAUCUGUCAUUGAAUGUUGAUUGUAGACAAUCGUCUUCUCCAUUGUCACAAUUGGAAUCUUUGGAUGGAAAUGUUAACAGUCAAACUACUCAAAGAAUAGCUAAUUCUGUGCCCAACAAUCACCAAAAACCUUUAAAAAUUACAUCGAAUGAAUUUAAAUUACGUCUCAUUGAUGUUUUAACACGUUAUGGUCGUAUUAUUGCUGAACGUUUAAUUUGUUUAAAUUAUCUACAAAAUCAAUUGAUACAUUCAAACAAAAACCAUUGGUCAUUGUACAGCUAUGUUCAAUCACAAAUUAAAAUGAUAUCAUCUUCAAAUAAUCACUUGGAUCAACAAUUGCCAUCAUCAUCAUCAUCAUCGAUAUGUUGUUUUGAAUUAAUUCAAUAUCUUGAUAAAAUCUAUGAACGUUUAAUGAAAUUAAUCACUCAAACCAUUGUAAGCACCGAUUCCAUUGGUUUCAAUGUUCAAUUAGGUAAUCAAGCUCUACCGAAUUGGCUACUUCUAUCAACUGAUUAUAAAACUACUGAUGAUGAUAAUGAUGAAAAGCUAUCAACAAUGAACGCCGGUUCAAUUGGUGGACGUUUAAUGAUAUUCUUAAUUUUAUACAUGAUUAUUAAACAACAAUAUGCUGAAUUGAUUUAUUAUUUUGUUCGUGUAUUGUAUCAAAUUGUUGAACCGCCUGUUGGAGCAUUCAAAGGAAUUGUAAAUUGUGGAUUUCCAUCUUCAUCUACAUGUUCAUUUGGUGUACUACGUCAAUGUCAUGCUACUUUAGAAAAUUCUUUAAUGAUAAUGAAAUCCACUUUUCCUUGGUUAUUAUGGCUUCUACACCAAAUUGACUGGAUUGAUUUAGCCAGUUAUUUAAAUCAACAAGCACCAAUGUUAUUUCCUCAAAGGGAUUACAGUUUAUUAAGUGACAAUAAUGAUAACAAUAACUAGAACACUAAUUAAUUAAUUAAUUACGGUUCAAUAUGAAUGAAUUGAACUAGUCUUUCAAGCUAAUAUAUUCGAAUUGAUUGAAUAUUGAAUAAUCUAUCUCUUUUAUUUUAAUUGAUGGCCAUUUUAGACUAUCAUGUUUGAAUAUAUUGAUUUUUGUUAAUGAACAGUUGUAUUCACUCGACCAUCGACUUUGGAAUAAUUUUUUUUCCGUGUAGAAUGUUUUGUUUUGUUUUGCUUUUUUUAAACAAAGCGCCUAAUAUUUUAUGCAUCGAUUUGUUUGAUUGCAAUGUUUUUAAACUGUCAAUUGUAAUUUCUUGUGUAUAUUCAAUUUUUUAAAAAAAAAAUUUUUCUUAUAUUGACUUUCAUUUUUAAUUUCUGCAUGUUCAAUUUGCUAUUUUGUUCUAAAAAAAUGUUGAAAAUUGUACAA